AUGGACGCCAAGUCUCUUGCACAACCAAGCCCGGAGGAGAUCGCAGCGUACAGACAUGCUUUCUCGCUCUUUGAUGCCGAUGGCAAUGGAACCAUUUCCAUCUCGGAGCUUCACGAAGUCAUGAAGUCUCUGGGGCAAAACCCCACCAGGACCGAGAUCGAAGACAUGGUCAAUGAGGUCGACACUGACCGCAAUGGAAGUAUUGAUUUCGAUGAAUUUUGCAAGAUGAUGACUGCCCCUACGAGGGAUAUCGACUUUGAGGCCGAGAUGAAGAGCGCAUUUAAAGUCUUCGACCUCGAUGGCAGUGGAACCAUCUCCCUGGAUGAGUUACGUCGGGUCAUGAAGUCGUUUGGAGAGAUGUUGACGGAGGACGAACUGGACAGUAUGAUCAAGGAGGUCGACAAGAAUGGUGAUGGAACUAUCGAUUAUGAAGAAUUCGUCAGCUUCAUGAUGAACGGAUGA